UUCUGAUUAGCUAUAUUUUUGUAGCAACACUGUGCAUUGUAUACAUAGUUAUAGCUGCUGUUUAUGGAAAGGCCUAAUUUGAUGAUAAUUUGAUCAUAUGUAUCCUUAUAGUGGUUACUAGUAUAUUUUAAAGUAAAACGUAGAUUUGGGGCAUCAGUUAUUACAUAUAUUAUCAUUAAUUGAACUGAAAAAAUAUACAGACAUCUCCCCAUGGCCUACCCUAAUUCUGAAUAUUUCUGGUAACCACAGCUGUCAUAUUUAAUUUAACAGGAUUAUUUAAUAGAAUCCAUUAUGUGUUCACACGAUAGGCUACACAAUGUAAGCCUACAAUAAGUAUUCUGUAAUACUAAUGACCUACACGUAGCCUCCCUGUGAUGUGUAAUCAUUUGUAGCGCUACAAUAGCUAUACAAUGUUAGUUUUUAUACAAAGCGCACGUUCCUCGUCCAGCAGUGACAGAUGAGGGAAGGUAGUGGCUCCACCCCUGUACUAACAUCUCCCUUCUGAGAGCUCAUUCAUACUGAUGAGAUGUGCUGCACGAGCCACAAUCAACCUACGCGCGCGACACAUCUUUCCACACAUGAUCUGAGAAGAACCCACAAUGUCACAAUCGUGCAAGUAGCUGUUUAAACGGGAAAAUGGUUCCUUUAUGCACUACAUUUGUUGAGCACAAGUGCAAAAAGACCAACGAAUGGGAAACUAUAUGCACUUCGUGGUGCGCUGUCGCUGGAGGAAACUUCCACGCGCUCGGUCUGAUAACCGGAUUCUCUCGGAGGGAAUGAGACGAGUGAAGUCGGGAAAGUUAGACUGAAGGAAAAUGUCGGCGAUACAUGCCUCACCUUUGCCGAACAAAACCAGCCAAUAUGAGGACGUGGUCGAGGGCAACUGGCACCUUCUCUUUGGGUUAUCAUUCGCCAUCGCCACUGUCACUUGCCUGGGAGGUUUGUACUCGCUUAUGUCGUUGCUCAGGAUGAGGAGUAAGUCUUCCCUCUGUCUGAUAGUGGCUUCUUUAUCCAUAGACGACCUGAUCAGCGUCGUGCCGCUCACACUCUUCAUGAUCUUGCAAUGGAGGAGCGGUGACGCGAACCGGUCGGGCGCUAUGUGCACCCUGUCCGGACUCCUGUAUGUUUUCCAAGGAUUGUCAAGCAAUAUGAAAGCCUGUCUCAUAGUUGCCUACACUUUUUACGUGACAAAGCGCUUUGGAGUGUAUCAAACCCCUAACCGACCUCUCGGAGUGUUUGUGGCGGUGGUGGCGGUGUGGACGUUGAGUCUCGCGGUCAGCGUCCUGCCCGUGUGCGGCUGGGGUCGCUUCGCCCCCGCUUCUCUCGGCUGUCUGCCGGAGAACGACAGCCUGUACGCGCUGCUUCUGUUCUCUGUUUACUCACUGUGUUUCUGCGGGCUGGUAGUUUGUUCGGUUCCUCUCGUCUAUCAUCUCAUGUGCUCCACGGAAGCCCUGAGAACAUUUUACCCGGGCUAUUUUGAAAUUGCCGGGUCGGCGCCGCUGUGUGAGAUACCCUCUCUUUCACGGGAUAGCUUGGAGAAAAGUUUGGGAGCCUACAAUGAAUUAAACUCGAACGCUGGCAGUUUUAAGAACAAAACGGAGAUGUAUUCACUGUCAUAUUCUCCAGCAACUGGUCAUUUCCAGAAAGAUGGAGCUCAGAGUGCACGACAUUCUCCUGUGUUUUUCUCUCAAAAGCGCUUCUCGAUGAUUCUUGCCAUGGCUCGAAUGGUUCUUUGGAUGCCAAUGAUGACCCAGAUCCUGGUGAGUCAUGCUGUUCACAUGCACAGCUCGUCCUUGGAGACUCUCUGUUUUUUCCUGACCUUGCUCUCCUCGGUGGUCACCCCUGUGUUUGUGCUUUCUGAACGCUGGAUCCAUCUGCCGUGUGGCUGCUUCAUCAACUGUCGCCAAGGCUUAAGAUCUGAGAUUUCCACCGCAAAGGAAAGGAGAUUUGAAUUCAACCUCUCCUUCCAGCAAAGCUAUGGCAUUUACAAGAUCCCCCAUGCCAAGUCACCAUCCAUCGAGAAACCCUCUUUUAACAGUUUAUACAGCUGUGAUUUCUCUGAAAGCAGAGUGGCAGUGCUGGACAGCGGUCAGAUUGGUAAAUUCAGCACCACAGCAGCAGAGGACAGCUCCCUCCACGGCGAGCUGCUGCUUGAGGAGAGAGCGGACAGCCAGCCUCCGAACGCCAUAGAAAGGGAUAGGCCAUGCAAUGUCUCACCUCAGAUUUCAACCUGCGAUCGUGAGGAUCUUCACCUCGACAACUCUGUAUUCGAUGGUCCUGAGAGAAGGCUGUCCCAUGAGGAGUGUCGUAAAAUCGAGUUGACUGACUGGGAGUGGUGCAGGAGUAAAUCAGAAAGGACUCCCAGACAAAGAUCCACAGCUGGGUUGGCCAUUCCAUUAUGUGCCUUCCAGGGCACUGUUUCCCUCCAUGCCCCCACGGGCAAAACACUGUCCCUCUCCACCUAUGAAGUCAGCAGCGAUGGCCUAAAGAUCUCCCCCAACAAUGCAAAGAAAGUUGAGGUGUAUCGUUCCAAAUCGGUGGGUCAUGAACCUAGUGCAGAAGAGCCCAACUCCAGCACUGGGGGUGGGGGAGUUGGAGUCGCAGACACAAACGUAAAAAUCCACCUGGAAGUUCUUGAGAUCUGCGACAAUGAGGAGGCCAUGGACAGUGUCUCUAUUGUCUCCAAUAUCAGCCAGUCAUCCACACAUGCUCGUUCGCCUUCACUACGCUACUCUCGCCGUGAGAACCGCUUUGUGUCAUGUGACCUUGCCGAAACGGCCUCAUACUCCCUGUUGAUUCCCACGAGUAACCCGGACACGGACAACAUCAACAUCCAUAUUCCGGAUACAGUAGAAGCACACAGACAGAACAGCCGGAGACAGCACCAGGAGGCUGGAGGUUACCAGGAAGAGAUACAGCUGCUCAAUGAAGCCUAUAGGAGGCAGGAAGGUGAUCAAGGGAACUGACAUAACCAGAUAUACCAGGCUAUGCCAAUGGGCUUUAAAGUCUCAAGGAAGAAGUAUAGAAUUUUUGGAUGAAAGAUUGUGACAAAAGCUCAUAGAGUUGCAAGAUCAGGGUAGAUUAAAGCACCCAGACCUAAAAAUCUGAUCACCAUCUAAGUACUAGUAGCAAAAUCAGAGGUUGCAAUGUGAAAAUCUGGUUCAAGGAAUCACAAGAGAGGCAUUUAUCUGCCAAGAUGUCUUUAGUAAGCAAUUGUUGGAUAAAAAAUAGGCUGUAAGCAUGAUGAGAUAUGGUAAAUGCUUUUACAAUUAAAAUUCAAGGUUAGCAUGCCGCGUGAAGAGCUGGAGGUUUGGAGAGGGGAGUGAUUUAUUUGCCAAAGUGCAGCUAUAAUGUGGUCAGAGGUGCAAUAAAUCUCAAGAUGAGACAGAGUUUUUUGGUUUGUUCAGAUUUGCCCACAAUUUCAAGCCUCACUGAGGAUAGAUUAGGGAGUUACGGCAGUAAUGGUGACUCUUGGAUGGGUAGAAGUGGAGCUACCAUGGUAUGAAUGAAGCACUGGAGAAUAAGGCUGUAGUCCUUGAGUGGUUGAAAAUGAUGUGAAAUAAAGGUUAUUGGGUACGAAGGAGAAGGAAAGGACUUCACUUGCUUCUCUGAUGUUCUGUCAUUUAUUGAAUACAAAUAUAAGUGCAUAGACAGAGACGCUUGAUGAGAGGAUCGAAUAGAAAAAGAUAAAUAAAUUAUGUGUAUGUGCAUCUGUUAAGACGGACAAAGAAUAGGUGUGUAAGGGAGUGUGUGCAAGAAAAAAAGCUAAAGUAAAUAUAUUUUAGUAUUCUAGCUCAGGCAGAGACCAUAUGAUAUACUGAAAUAAAACAUGCCAAAUGUGUACAUCGCUAAUCAUAUAUAUAUAUAUAUAUAUAUAUAUAUAUAUAUAUAAUUUUUUUUUUUUAAAUGUUGUUCUGCAUAACCGUCAAUGUGUAUUUCCUCAGUUAUCUAGUGUGUGUGACUGAUUAAAGGAAUAUUCUGGUUUAAUACAAGUUAAGUGAAAUUGACAGCACUUGUGUAAUGUUGAUUACCACACAUACACACAAAAAUAAUAAUUUCGACUUGUUCUUCCUUUUCUUUUAAAAAGCAGAAAUCUGGAUUACAGAGAGACUUGCAAUAAAAGUGAAUGCUAAAAUGUAACGUAAAUUUUAAAAUACUCAGCCACAAGAUGUAAACAAAAUGUGCGUUAGCAUUAUUUUAAAGCAGAGCAAGUUAAGCAGUGUGGAAAAAAAACAUUAACCUCUUCUGUGUAAAUUUAUAUCCAAAUUUACAACUUUGUUGCCAUGACAACAUAACUCCUAAAGUCCUGAAAUGACCGCAAAAAUUACAAGAACAACACAGAAGACAUUUCUGCGUCUAAAUCCCCCCAAAUUGGGCUCUAUUAAUUUCCACUGCAAGUGCCUCACAGUAACCUUAUGUAAAGAAAACUAGGAAAAAGUGGAAAUUAAUUAAUUAACAUUAUGCCAGAAAUGCUGUCAAAAAAGUUUCAUUUACAUUAAGCCCGGAAUAUACCUUUAAUUGCAAUCUUAGUAUGAGUGAAUAUGUAAAUGCUGAUAGCUGUAUGUAUGCUUGCUUCUGUAUGUGGGUAUUUGUUAAUAUUUUUUGUAGUACUAAAGCCCUUAACUUACAUUAUGCUUUAUAUACAUUCCCAACUUGACUGCUGAAAAAAACAAGAGAGAGAUUCUGUCAAUGGAACAUUCCACAAAUGUAGACGUGAGUGUGAUGCAUGGGCCUAUUUUAGGUGUUAAUGUGUGUGCAAAUGUGCUCAUUUUUGAGCCACUUACGAAUCCUUUCCUCCCAUUUUCAGUGCACUGCAUUUGCAGUCAGAAAUGUGACCCUGGCCACUCGCUUGCAUUUAAUACUGGCAUAAAUUCAGCUCUAAAAUGGAACAUUCAUGGUUGAUUCAGUAGAUCCAGUAAAAUGUAGGCAUGAUUACGCUGCUUUUCAUUUGAGCUCUGCUGUAUCAGUAUGUGAAACAACUAUUUAAAAAUGUGAAAAUGAAAUGCAAAGGCCAUUCGUAGAGACUCGCAUAGCUCUAAUAAUUAUUUAUAAUUUACUGUAGACAUUAUUUCUUGUUAUUUCAAUGUUUUUAAAUAUAUUUAUUGUAUAUUCAGAAUAGCUAGAUUAUUUGUCUUAGCCUUGUGUUAUCAAGCAACAAAAUAGCUGAGGCAUAAUGCUAUAAACUAUUUUCAUCAAUCCAGUGUUCUCAUUAAAGAUUUAUUCACUGAAAAUUGCCUCAUUUAAGAGUGUAGAUAGGUUUAUUCCCAUUUGUAUGCCACAGCUCUUCAUUGAACUGACUCCCAUGGUCUCUUUAUAAAUUAUCCACAUCUGCAAAUGAAACAGAAAACCCCAUGUCUGGAUACUUAAUGAUGUUUUUGAGAUAGCAAGCAUCUCUUGCAAAUUAUAACUUACAUCUUAUGUAAGGGCAGAAACAGCUCAAUAUCCACUAAUGCCUUUAAUUAAUGUUUUUCAUUUGAGAUGUUAUUUACCAAAUACAUUGCUCAGCAUUAUGGAAAACAAGUACAUGUCUGGGAGAAAGUGUUAAUUAAUGGGAAAUAAUAAUUAAAGCAUAGAAAAACAAUUGUCAUGUAAAAGUGUUCAAUUAAUGUCUCCACAUUAUAGUAAAAUUAUUUACUAUUUGCUCUAUGUAGGAAAGACUGGGGCUAAUUGUCACACAGUCAAUAUCCCCCCCAAAAAAGGUUUUCCCUUUUGAAAAAAGAGUAGAACUUAUUUGUAUUAAAUGUGCACUUGUACUUCAAAUCUUAACAGCACUUGCAGAUAAUAUACUAAUGAAAUAAAAAGGCCACUUAAGUGUACACAUUAGGGAUGCACCAAUGUAUCGGCCGCCGAUACAUGAUUUUUGCUCAAUUUACAACCAUCGUCAUAUCGGCUGUAGGAGGAAAAAACUGAGCUUUAUAAUGACUGUUGUGUAUUCCUAAGCGCUGCUGUCUGCGCUUAAAUGUUAAUCAAAUAACAAAAUAUCACACACUAUUCUUGAAUAACUUCUGUAACUUUCAUAAGUGUAGCGGACCCUAUCCGAAUGAUGACUAAAACUUUACUGAUGUUUUAUUAAGUUUAUUUGCGUCCGUUUUCACUCCAAAAAAAUCACCACAAACAAUACAGAGCACAAGAAGUGCGCAUUAAACUCUCUCUCCAUUGCAUUAUCAUCCACAUACAGUGAAUUACUCAAACCACUUAUUACAACUAACAGUAAACAAAUACAUACAGAUCUUAUACCUUUUCGGGGGUGCUUAAUAAACUGACAAACUCCAAAUCUGCAAAAUAUCUCUGAAGAACUGCGUGCUCUCCAUUACCCUUAUAGCUCCGUAGAUGAGAAUACCCGUCGAAAUAAGUCCCGCCUUAGUAAAGGAGAUAGUGCAGAUCUCAUACAUAUUUAAACUUACAAAAAAUAUUAAAAUGUAUACAAAAACAAAUAAGAAGAUUAAUCACAAUAAAGUCUGUUACAAUAAAGAAGUAUUAAUAUGUAGAUAAUUUAUACAGUGAAGAAUAUACAGUUAUUUUACAUUUGUUUACUUUAUUUCUUUACCUCAAAACUAUUAAACCUACCCUAAAAAGCACUGUUUAUUUCAUAUGUAUCUUUGUUCUGUUGUCUUUAUGUAGGCCUGCUGAAUGUGAAAUGGAUCCAAUCCAUGUUAAUUAAAAAUUAUUUGAUGAUGCAGUAAUAAACCUGCUAGUAUAUUUUAAUGAAGGCGUGUUUGCUUAUUUAAAACAUGAUCAAAAUAAUCUAUUUUGAUGACAAAAUUUCACAUAAGAGAGGAAGUGACAAAUAUCGGUAUCGGCCAAUAAUUGUUUGUUAAUAUCGGUAUCGGUAUCCAAAAAAAAAAAAAAAAAAAAAUCAUACCCAAAAAAUCAUAUCGGUGCAUCCCUAGUACACAUGUAAGUGAAACUACUUUUAAAAGUUGCACUUUGUAAUAAUGUCAAAUUAACAGUUUUAAGUACAUUUAAAAUAAAAUAAUAUUUUAAUCAUCUUUUGUCAUGUUUUGAAGAAGUACAGCUAUUUUGAUGUGUUGACCAACAUACUAAUUAUAAUUUAUCAUAAUUUUAACUGCAUUGUGUUUAAUAUUAGUUAAUAUAUUUUAAAUAUACUAAAUUGCAACUUCAUUGUUACAAAUGUGUAAUUACAAAUUUAAAUACAUGAUGAUUUGGCAUUAACUGUAUAUUUUAGUUUAGCAUAAUUGCUUCUCAUUCGGCAGUACACUAAGCAUAUUUAAAAGACAAUAAAAAAUAAUUAUGAAAUUACAUAAAGAUGUACUUAAGUGGGUUAAAAAGUUUCUAAAGUUAAACUAAUUGCAUUUAGUUAUUUCUUACACAAAAUGGUACUUGAGGCCCCCUCUGUAAAACCAUUCAAUCAUACCUAAUCUUUAGACCAAGUCUGCAAAACUGCAAGCACAUUAUCUGCUUUACUCUCAGUUUGCAAUUGUAAAACAAACUUUUAGCAAAAUGCUAAACACAGUUGUCUACAGUGACACACCAUUCAAAACUAACAGCUCUUGUGUUUCAUUUGGAAAACACUGCCAUUCAAAUGUAUGACAUGGUUAUGGACUCUUAUUUUGAUAUUCUGUUUUGUUUCCCUGCUCUAUUUAGUUUCGGUUUCCGUGGAUACUGAUUAUAUCUUUGUUUGUUCAUAUGGUUACAUACAUAUGAUUUGCACCUGUCUGUCAUUAUGUUCACUUGGCAUUUGUACUCCCUUUGGUUAAGUCCUUUGUCGGUUAUCGUGCUUAAUUUACGUGUGUAGUUUGCUAUAUCCUCCUAGGUGUUCUCCUGUGUUAUUCUCCAUGUUCAUUAAAGACUUUGUUUGUUA